AUGCAGCAGCCUCCAUCGUACCACCAUCACCAUUAUCAUGAUGCAAACGGCAAGGGAGUCAACCAAGAGAUAUUAGAGAAAGCCACCGCUGGUCUGCGUUCACGAUCCACAUCAGAUCUUCACCACCACCAUCACCACCAUCACUACCAAAGCAAUAAUGCCAACUUCCCAUCGUCUUCGAGUUUGCGUGAUAUCUUGUCGCUAGUUUUCAUUAUGCUUUCGUUCCCACAGUACAUGUCCUUAGGGCUAUUGGUUGUGUAUUUGAUGUUGGGGUCAAACUUUAUGGGUGGGAAAUUCUUGAUAAACUUUUUAUUGCCACAACUGCAUAAGUUGGCAUUCACUAAUGUGAAACACUCGUUGGUGACUUUUAUCAAGAUGGGUGCAAUAGACGUGUUUCUUUUUUAUGGGUUGGGUAAAGUUGUAAAGAAGAAGAGUUAUUUCAAUUAUCUAGUCAUUCUUUCCAAGGCGAUUGUUGCUAGUGAGUUUAUUGGGUCGUCGUCGAUAAACUAUAUCAACUCGAUAUCAUCAAAAAAGUUUACCACAAAGAUCCAGUACGACGAUAAGAACCGUAUAUUCAACAGCAACUUGAUCAAUGCGAUUGUGUGUUUUAUUAUUAUCAACUAUGUCAAGUAUGUAUUGAAUUGGGUCAACUUAUCGUUUCAGCUAUUUAGCACCCCGCAAUACUCGGCGCAUAUCACCAACUUUAAUUUCAGCCACUGGAAUGUGCAGGUAUAUUUGUUUUUAUGCAUACACACAAUCAUCCAAGCGUUGUUUAGGCAAUCGCCAAUUGCCCAGAGCUCUAUCCCAACUGACGACAUAUCAGUAAAUGUCGAUAACAAUCAAUUGUUGGAUAUUUACACCAAGAAUUUGCCCAAGUUUAAUGGUAAUUACAAUAGCAACUAUUCGGUGGCAUUAAAGAACUUUGAGAAUUUCAUUAUUUCGCCUUUCAAUAGCAAGUUAUCGGUUAUGAAGAACCGUAUGCGGGCGUCGUCGUUAUCGAAUUUGGCCAUGAAAACGACUACUACAAGCACCACUACUUCGCUCACCAGUUCUACCACGUCGACGUCUUUGACUACAACGACCAUUUCUCCCAACGUGACUCUUAUUGAAAACACCAUUAUUGUACAGCCAUUUUGGUCGAUCAUUGCAGCAGUGAAAGCGAUUUUGAAGAACCCCAACUUGUUUAAUGGCGAGCUGACCAAGAAGAAAAAUGAGGGUGGAGUGUUUUUGACGAAGGAAGUACAACCCAAUGUCCCCAUGGCGAUUAUGGUGAUUGAUUCGUCGAAAGUGGUACUCCAUGUGUUGUCGUCGAUUCGAGAGGAUAUUGAAGUGAGACUUAACAAUAUCAAGUGGUCGUAUUUCAAAGUUGUUGGUGAGUAUCUUGUGAUUUAUGGGUUGACGCCAUUGUUUCAGUAUGAGGUAGACAUCGUGGCCAAGUCGCUGGUGUUGAACCAUCUUGUGAUAAACACUACUGAUGACGACAACCAGGUUAUUAACAAGUCGAGCAAGGAAACUUCGUCGUUGGCCACGUUGCAGACCUCGCUUGAGUCGGUAAUGAACAAAACAGAAUCCCUCAAGGCCAAGCUUAAAAAGUAUAAGAAAGACGAAAACAAAAAGAUCACUGAGAUGAGAAACUCUAUUGAGUUGCUCAAAAACAAAAUCUCAAAGAACCGUCAGGGCAAUGAUAAUCGUAUUUUUGGAAAGAUCAAGGGGUUAAAACAUUCUGUGAUGCAGUUGGAGAACGAGAUUGAGGGAUUGAACAAGGAGAUUCUGGAGUUGAGUAAAACCGAAGGCAAGUUGCAGGAGGCAAUGAAAAGCAAAGAGUCUGCGCAGUUACAAGAAAUUGCUGAAUUGAACAAGAUCUAUGCCGAUUUUGAGUCGAGAAUGAAAGAUGCCCGAGCCGAACUUAAGACUGCCAGCCAAGAGUUAACGUCGCUCAGUGCAAAGAGUCAAAAGUUGAUGGUCAAACAAGCAGCCAAACAGGAAGAACUUCGAAACUUGUCAACGGACAUUAAGAACAUUAAGAAGAAUGAGAUUCUGGCCAAGUUUACAAAGAGGUUGAAACGCACUAACGAAAAGUUUGAGACGAUCUUGCCGAAAAUUAUCCAGGAAACCGAAAGUUUAACUCGUGAGUAUAAUGAAUUAGUAGCAUAG